CUAGGUUGUCAUUGACUAGCUCGUUGGAAUAGCUCAUUGGCCAAAUGGUGGUGAUAACAUGUGAUAGAGAAGAACCUAGUCCUCAGGGAUUUAGCCAGACAUCGAAGAAAUGUAGACCAUGACGACACAUGAAGACAUGUCCCACCUGUGCCCGUUUUAGAUUUCCUAUUUUUCCUGCAGACAGAGCCAAAUAAUGCCAAUUCCCAUCGGAUUUAUCAACCUGAUUUCUUUCGUUCUGAGUUCAAUUUCUUCGCUAACGGGCAUCCUAGCCUCAAGCUGUAUUUUCGCGUUACGAAAUUAAGCCAAUACAAUGGGCAAUAAUACCAGUCAACCUGCUUCUCCUUGUGGCCCUAAACCUGACCAGCAGUUAUCGAAACCAAGAAAAAGAAUCGUUAUCGCGAUGACUGGUGCAACUGGUGCGAUUCUAGGCAUACAUAUGCUGAUCGCUCUUCGUAUGCUUAAUGUUGAAACGCAUCUUGUCACCAGCAAAUGGGCGGAGGCCACCUGCAAACACGAAACGGACUACAAUCCAUCUAAUAUACGCGGCCUAGCGGACUUCGCGUACAGAAACAGCGAUAUGGCGGCUUCCAUUGCAAGCGGCUCUUUUCGGUCAGACGGUAUGAUCAUCAUUCCCUGUAGCAUGAAGACCCUUGCGGCCGUUAGCUGUGGUUUUGACGAUGACCUGAUCUCCCGAACUGCGGAUGUCAUGCUAAAGGAGCGCCGUAAGCUGGUCCUCGUGGUUCGAGAAACGCCCCUCAACACUAUUCACCUGCGCAAUAUGCUCUCUGUGAGUGAAAGUGGAGGCAUCAUUUUCCCGCCAGUUCCAGCAUUCUAUACACACCCAGCGCAAUUGUUAGAUGUUGUGGAUCAUUUAAUCGGACGUGUAUUGGAUCUAUUCGAUCUGGACACAGGGAAUGUCAAGCGUUGGCAAGGAUUCGUUGAAGCUAGAUGA